AUGCUAGUCAAUGGAAGUCCUAAUAACGAGACUUUGAUUGCUGACACAGUUGAAGUGAAUGAUGAGCAGUUGUAUGAGCUUUUUGAUGGGGAAGAGGAUGAGGAGGAUGAAAAGUUCCCUAAUAUUAAACUUACUAAAAUUGAGAAAUCUCGUUAUUGUAAACCAUGGAAGAACUCCUUGAUUAUCAAGCUGAUUGGAAGAUCAAUAGGGUAUGCCUAUUUAUCGCGAAGGGUGAAGGAACUCUGGAAACCUAAAUCCCCUAUGGACUUAAUUGCUCUGGACAAUAAUUUUUUCCUUGCUCGAUUUAAUAGUAGGGAAGAUUUUGAUUUUGCAUUGGAGGAUGGACCAUGGAUUAUAGCUGAUCAUUAUUUGUCAGUUCGCCAAUGGUGCCCGGAUUUUGAUCCAUUUAAUGUUUCUUUAGAAUGCUUGGCAGUUUGGGUCCGAUUUCCAUGCCUUCCAAUUGAAUAUUUUAAUGAGGAUUUUCUUAUGCGAUUGGGGAGGAAGAUAGGAGAUCCUAUCAGAGUAGAUAAUAACACUAGUCGAGUGACAAGAGGGCAUUUUGCGAGAUUAUGUGUUGAAGUUGAUGUUACGAAGCCUCUUUUAUAG